AUUUUAUCUAUGAUAUUCCAGGUGUGUGAUUUCUGGUUAUGAUGAGAGUGUUUGCAGUAAUCCUUGCACUGGCAGUCCUCUCAGGCUGCCAUGCAAGAAGUGUGCCUCAGGAUGAUGGGAGUGACUUUGAAGAUACCGUCCAGAAGUUCAAGGAUUAUUUAACAUAUCUGAACUCCAAGGUCGAUGAGGUGGUGAAAGACAUCCAGAGCUCCGAGACCGUCAGAGAACUGGACACCCUGGUCCAGGACAGCAUGUCUGAGCUGGCCAUGUACAGGGACGACCUGCAGAACAAGCUGGCUCCCUAUGCCCAGGAAACUGCAGAGCGCCUGGGCAAAGACCUGCAACUGCUGGCUGGCAGACUCCACAACCAGAUGGCUGAGACCCGGGAGCAGCUGGUGCAGUACACCCAGGAGGCGCAGACCAUGAUGGAGCAGGAUGCUGAUGACAGCAAGCUCCGGGUCUCCACCUACAGCCAAAAGCUAAACAAACGCCUCAACAAGGACAUGGAGGAGAUAAAGAAGCAUGUUUCUGAGUACCUUGAGGAGCUUCAAUCCCGGACCUCAGACAACAUGGAGGACGCGAAGUCUCGUUUGCAACCUUAUUUUGCUCAGGUGCAAGACAACGCCCAGGCGAAGGUCACCACCCUGAGUGAUCUGCUGACGAAGCAGGUAGAGAACAUGAAGGAGGAGAUUCAGGGGGUGGCUGCGGGCAUCAAGGACCAAAUUCAGAAAACUGCUGAGGACAUGAAGGAACAAUUUCUUGAAACUGCUCAGAAUAUGCAAUUCAGCCUGGGGGAGAAGGUGGAGGAGAUGCGCAUCUGGUUUCAGCCUCUGGUCUCCACGAUCAGGGACAACAUGUGA